AUGAUAAGCGAUCCUAAUUACUUAAGGUGGAGCAAGACAGGAAUGUGGAACAGAAAAAACGGUAGAAGGAACAGCAGCGGGAAUAACAUCGGCGAUGGUCGUGUGCUUUGUGCUGGUUCCGGUAUUAGCAUCAAUGGGUUAUAUACUAAGCUAAGGAUGGUGGUCGCUUCUUGUCGCAGUUACAGCCACCGGGAUGUUGGAAGCUUACACGGCGCAGCUAGACAACGCCUUCAUACCUCUUGUCUUCUACUCUCUCCUCUGCUUGUAGCCAUUUAG